GAUAAAUCAAACAUGACCGGAUCACGGCAGUUGUUGCCGUGGAAAUGGUUUCCCAGAGGCCAUCAGGGUGUCAAGGCACGACCCGGCACGCAACAGCACCCCUGCCACAGCGUGGGGAAGCCGCUGUGCUGCCCCGCAACCCACUGCGGGACAUGCCUUCCAGCAGCGACUCCAUCUGAUUCCCUUGUGACAGUGACACAAGCGGAAUUCGCGAUAAACAAUACUGGAUUUAGCUCUCGACAUCCAAAACCAACAAAACACCACAAGAAACAUCGACAGAGAUGCAGAGAAAUAAGGCCGGAAGAACGUCCUCGGGGCAUCAGUUCUCACGGCUUAAGCCCGCAGAGAUCGAUCCUCUGGCCGAAUACGGCCUCCCCUCAAAGGGAGAGAAGAGACUUCUCAACCACAAGACCCAAGAAGCCUACUACUCCAAAAUUGCCGAGCGCUAUCUCGCCUUCUGCACCGACGCCGGCGACCGCGACUCUCUCCAAAAGCAGUUCUCCCGUCUAGCCAUCGGCGAGACCACCAGCACUAACACGUCAACACCGCUUCUCCCAGCCGGCUCAACAUCAACACCGCCAUCCUCCUCCUCGUCCCACUCCCACGAAGCUUCCACACCCCAACUUCCCCCACCCUCCGACCUCUCCCAAAUCCUCUCCGCCCUCCGCAAGCUCCGUGAAGCCCUCGUCGCCUCCUCACGCCUCGACGACUUCACCACACAAGUCUACCUUUUCGCCGUGCGCCUCGGCAUUCUCUCCUCCUCCUUCGAAACCUACCUCCCUUCUCUUCUCUACCUCCUGCGCGUCAUUCACCGCUCCCCCACGCACCCCUUGACGUCCGUCGAAUACCACGAGGUUGUGUCCUAUCUUGUGUUGGACACAGCCUGUCGCCGGGGGGACCUGGCCGAGGCAUAUGCGCUGAGGAAUCGGUAUAAAUUGAGAGAACCCAAAGUGGAUGCUACACUCAAAGCGCUGGUGACGGAUGACUGGGUGAGUUGGAGACGGACCAAGAGAGCUGUGGAUGGGUACAGAGUCAAGUUGAUGGAGUUUGCGGAGCCGGGGAUGAGAGGACAUGUCCUGAAGGCGUUUGGGAGGGCGUAUUUGAGUGUGGGGGUGGAGUAUUUGGAGGAGACGAUGGGGAUGAAGUGGGAGGACAUGGUGGAGCGGUUUGGGGUCGGGUGGGAGUUGAACAAUGGACGGGUGGUGAUUAGGAAGAUUGGGGGGAAGACGCAGUGAGGUGGGAGGUAGUUUGGGUGGUAGUGGUGGUUGAAGUAAUGGGAGGGUUGUGGCCAGGACACAAACGGGUGUGAAGUCGUGGGUGGUGAAAGCCCGAGGAUGGGAUAAGAAGUGGAUCACGGCUCGGGAGAGGUUGCGAGUUGGCGAGCGUGCUUUCUUUAUGCACCCGUGGGGAGGGGGCUGACUUUAAGCUUGCUCGCUCGAUGAGUGAGGGGUCACACAAGCAUUGUAUAGCGGUACUU